AUGUUCAAGGACCCUGAGAAACGUCAGAAGUUGGCAGAGAUUUUGCGUAGAGAGGGAACCUUUGGCAAGAUGGAGCUCAAGGUCAAAUCGCUUCAUUCCAAAACUGUUGAAGAGACGCUCCAGGGAGGGUGGCACACAGAGGUAUCUCUUGGACGCCUUGGGUGGACCGAGCAGAUGAUCCAGAACAGUCGUGAGUGGGCUGCGAGCAGAAACCUGUUAAAGAAGAACCCAGUUCAUGGUGCAGAUGAGUGGCGCAUUCCAGUUGAAGCCACUUACACGCAUACCGACAGAACUUCGCACGAGACCGAGGGGUCUGGAGAAAUGCUGGUUGAUGAUCCAGAAGGUCAUCUAUUGGACACUUCUGGCGUGGAUGUCGAUAGCCUGAUCAGGCGAGGUGCUUCAGCGGUCAACACCGGAGGAAGCUUGUCUGUGCAAUCUGCCAACAGCGCUCGAAUGCAGGGGUUUCCAAUGAUUCAGCAAAAUGCUGAUCCCUUCAGUUACAUCACGUCUUACAUCGACCAAAUGGGCCGCAAGAUUGACAAGGCGAAAGCUGCUUCCAAGGCCAAGGGAGUUAGGCAAUUUGGGUGUGACUUGCCAGGUCGUGAUGCACGGAUUGCCUUGCACUCUAUGGUUGGAGGAUGUGAUGGCGAGAGAGAGCAAACCGAGCUGGACAACACCCAUGCCUUGGAGCUUCUAGAAAGCUAUUUCUCGGGAGAGUGGUAUGACUUCUCAGCUGGCGCCUCGUGGAAGGCACUGCCAAGACCUGCAGAAAGGUCUCCAUUCAAACGCAGACACCCAUUUUGGGUAGUGCCGGGUGCAGACUCAUGUAUGCGCAUCAUGCCCGACAUUGUGCACACCUUCCAUAUUGGCAUUGGUGUUGAUUUCUGUUCAUCGACAAUUGUUCUGCUGGCCAACAAAAAGAAGUUUGUGAGUCCUUUUGGGGAUAAGUUGAGCCACUUUCUCGAUGCAGCUUACACUGCGUUCAUCCAAUGGUGCAAGAGAGAGAAGCGCUACACGGCGUGUGAUGUGUGGACCCAGAAAGCCAUGGGCGUGAAGGGGCCACGUACGUUCCCCACAAGCCUAGCUGGAAAAGGUCAUGAUACUGGUGUUGUUUCCGCUUUUUGGAAGACUUUCUCACCCACCAGGUGCCUAAUUUGUUGCCAAGUCACCAGUUACCAUACGGCUUUAGAGGCAGUGAGUUGA